GUGCAGUGACAAGCUGAAGUCCGUUACAGGACAGUACUCAUUUGGAGCAGCUGUCAAGAGAAACUUGACUAGACUGAAAUUUAUUUAUUUAUCACAGAAAUGUUUUUAUGAACAUUUUUCUUUAAUUUUAAUAGACGCUUUUUUUUUCCUGAAAGGUUCGAGGUCAUUAUGUUUUAGGUCGCGAGCUGUGCUGAGAAGUGCGCGAGCUCAGCGUGUGGGAAUGAGUCGCGCGCGCAGAAUUUCGGCUCUGUUCCACCUGUCGUGUUGAGACCCGCGCGCCGCUCGCUCGCGCUCUCUCUCUCUCUCUCUCUCUCUCACUCGCACGCACGCACACACACAGGUGUACUGCACCUGCCGCGCGAGCUUUCCGCGCGCGCUGCCGUCUCACCGUGCUCGCUCUUCUCAUAGCCCGUGUUUGUGCUAAUUCAGUAGCCUUUAGCCUCAGUGAACUCAAGAAAAUUAAGUAAGCGGGCAGUGCUGGUGCUACAGAAUGAUCCAGCCUACAGCCAGCGUCGUGCCUUCACCAGUGAAGAUGAAGCAUGGAAGUCCUUCCUGGAGAACCCGCUUACAGCUGCCACCAAGGCCAUGAUGAGUAUUAAUGGAGAUGAGGACAGUGCUGCUGCUCUGGGCCUUCUUUAUGACUAUUACAAGGUGCCACGGGAAAAGAGGACAAUAUCCCAGCCAAAGGCUGACAUCCUAGGCUCUGAUGUGGAUCCCAACAAAAGCAGGAACCUCAUGGCUCCUCUCCCAGAGGCCUCAAUGGCAUCGGCUGACAACAGGAUCCAGGUUCUGAAGGGAGUCCCGUUGAACAUCGUGCUCCCUGGGAACCACCCGGUGCAGGACAAGAGAGCGCUGUUCCCCUCACCUGACACUACAGUCACUGUGUCCAUCGCUGCUAUGCCCAGUUACCCUGUAAAGACUGAGGAGCCAUCGCAUGCUUUCUCUGUCACUGUGCCCAACCCGCACUGUUCUGAGCCUGAGAGUCAUGCAGUGGCAUUCGAGCGUCAGCUUGCCCACAGUCAGUUCAGCCCCAACACACAGCCCCGUACACCAGACUCUACUUUCCCUGAGCCCUUCAAGGAUGGGGUUCAGGAGGUGUUCUCGUUCCCAGGGGAUCUCCACUUACGGAUGGGCUCCAUUGCACAAGAGGACUAUCCCACCUUUGACACUGUGUCAGGUAAUAAUUUUGAGUACACACUGGAAGCAUCAAAGUCCCUCAGGCAGAAGUCAGGUGAUGGCACAAUGACAUACCUCAAUAAGGGCCAGUUCUACCCUAUCACUCUAAAGGAAACAGACAACAGCAAAGUCCUUCACCACCCCAUCUGCAAAGUCAGGAGUGUUGUGAUGGUAGUGUUCGGUGAGGAGAAAUGCAGGGAUGACCAGCUCAAGCACUGGAAGUAUUGGCACUCUAGACAACACACGGCCAAACAGAGAUGCAUCGACAUAGCUGACUACAAAGAAAGCUUUAAUACCAUCAGCAAUAUCGAAGAGAUCUCCUACAACUCUAUCUCCUUCACAUGGGACAUCAACGAGGAGGCAAAGAUCUUCAUCUCGGUCAACUGCCUGAGCACAGACUUUUCUUCUCAGAAGGGUGUAAAGGGUCUCCCAUUGAAUCUGCAGAUCGACACGUACAGUUACAACAACCGCAGCAACAAGCCUAUUCACCGUGCCUACUGCCAGAUCAAGGUGUUCUGUGACAAGGGUGCAGAGAGGAAGAUCCGUGAUGAAGAGCGCAAGCAGUCACGCAGGAAGAGCAAAUGUCCCGAGGUGAACCCCAACCUGGCUUCUUAUGUGGAUGCCAAAAUGCCUCUGAUACACAAGCGUAGUGAUAUCACUGUCUUUAAGAUGAUGACAGACCUGGACACUCAGCCCAUCCUCUUCAUCCCAGACAUUCACUUUGCAAAUUUCCAGCGCCAUCCCUUCUCGUCUGAUGAUGCAGAAGAUGGCUCAGGGAUGAAAAGAUUACCCUACUCAGAAGACGAGUUUGGCUCUCCUCCUAAUAAGUUGGCCAAGGUGGAUGAACAAAAGAGAGUUUUGUUGUACGUGCGGAAGGAGAGUGAGGAGGUUUUCGAUGCCCUCAUGCUGAAGACUCCUACACUGAAAGGACUGGUGGAAGCAAUUUCAGAGAAGUAUGAGGUUCCUCUUGAUAAACUGGGGAAGGUCUAUAAGAAGUGCAAAAAAGGGAUCCUGGUCAACAUGGACGAUAAUAUUAUCAAGCAUUACUCUAAUGAGGACACCUUUCAGAUCCAGAUGGAGGAGAUUGGUGGAAUGGUAAAGCUCACUCUCACUGAGAUUUGAAUGGCCUCCUUCCCCAAUAUGGACUUGUUUACAUGCCUCUGUCUGCAUCCAUGGCCUUGGGGGUACCUCAGGCCUUCCAUGCACUUCUUGUCUGUGGUUUCCUACAUGUAGCUAAGACUAAGAUUUUCUCCUCUAAUCUCCCCAAAUCCUAUUUGUUGCGUGCAUCACUUGUGACAUGUGAAGUUUAUACCAAACUAUGCAAUGUGUGAAAUGAAAAUGGAGGGGGGAAUAUACAUGCCUUUAUUAUAUAACUUCUGAAGUUUUGAGCCAUAUGUGGUUUUUUUUUUUUUUGUGGAAUGUAAAAAAAGCAAAUAUUUGUAGUUUUGAAUAGACUGAGAAUCUGAGAAAAUCAGAUUCCCUCUUAAUAUUUUAUUGGUGUUAUAGAGCUUUAGAUGCAACAGCACUGGAGAUCCUGAUCUUCAGAGCUGAGAGCUGAAUCCAUACAGUAAAUGCGGUAUUGUUGCUGUUAGAGGGAAUUUAGGGCAUUCUCACUGGUUUCUGUAUUUAUACAUAAACACUGAGCAGUAUUUCGUGUGUACAGCAUAACCCCAUGCUGAGCAGCUCAAUGAGGUACUGUGUCACCAGUGUUGCUUGUGUAUGUAUGGGUGGAUAAGUGCAGAUUAUGUAUCUAUAUACACAUGUGUGGGGAUUCAUUACAGUUUCAUCCAAAAACAGAUAAGAUGUCCUUAAAGUGAAUUCUGUAAUUUUUGCAUAUCACAGCAGAAAGUUCUUGUUCUGGAUACAAACAAGGACAUUUUUUGUUUGUUUGUUUGUUUGACUUAAUGCCCCUGUUGGAAAAACAAACAGAGCAACAUGAAUUCCAUGUCGAUUUCAUGCAGAUUUUUGCUGCUGUUUCUGGUGCUGGUUAACUAAUAAAGUUAAGAGAUGAGGGAUCAUAAUAAAUAAUUUGUUACAGGUAGACACUAGUCAGAUACUAGUGUUUUCCCUGAUCAAAAAUGCCUAAAACUCCCCCAACAAGAGUAAAAUUUUCCAACAGAGCAUGAUAAAUUACUAACACAGAACCAGAACUACCAUGCAACACAUGUAAGAGGUUUUGGAUUCAUAAUGCCAAGUUAAUAGUAUUAUGUUUAGACUAUCAAUAGUUUAUUCAGUGUCCAUGGAUCAUUGCUUUCUCUUAAAUUUUGUUUAUCAGUCAUCCUGUUUGGAGUCUUUUUAAACUACAAACUGUAUAGCAUCAGGUUUUUUAAAACAGUUUUCUAACUCAAUUAUCAGCUAAUUUUUUGUAUCAAAGUACUUAUCUGUAUAUUUAUUAUAUUUGGGUGGGGUAUUUUUGAUAUUGUUCUUCAAACAAAAUGUGCAUUGCUGUUAUAUACUGUUACAUGUUAAAUGCUUUUAUAUGGAAUCAAAACUAUAAAACUAUGCUGUAUUUAUACACAGGGUAGAUUUGUAUUUCUAUUAGCUCCUCCUAAAAGGCUCAAAUAUUCUUUGCUGUAUGGCUUUAGCUGUUAUUAUGUGCACAUAUUUUCAUUUAGUUGCAAUAAAAGCCAGCUUGUCUUGGCUGUUGUGA